CUGCAGCACACUGAGGGGAAGCAGGAAGGAGUCCCUGCUUCCCCAACUCCAACACACCAGGGACUCACUGACUCCAUUCCUCCACCAGUAAGAGAGAGAGAGAGAGUGUGUGUGAGACUGCUUGUGACUGCCUGUGACUGUGUGUGUGAAUGUCUGCCUGUGUGUGUGCCUGUCUGCCUGUGACUGUGUGUGAAUGUCUGCCUGUGUGUGAAUGUCUGCCUGUGUGUGAGUGUGAGUGAAUGUCUGCCUGUGACUAUCUGUGACUGUGUGUGUGAAUGUCUGCCUGUGACUAUCUGUGACUGUGUGUGUAAAUGUCUGCCUGUGACUAUCUGUGACUGUGUGUGUGAAUGUCUGCCUGUGACUAUCUGUGUCUGUGUGUGUGUGUGAAUGUCUGCCUGUGACUAUCUGUGACUGUGUGUGAAUGUCUGCCUGUGACUAUCUGUGACUGUGUGUGUGAAUGUCUGCCUGUGACUAUCUGUGACUGUGUGUGUGAAUGUCUGCCUGUGACUAUCUGUGACUGUGUCUGUGAAUGUCUGCCUGUGACUAUCUGUGACUCUGUGUGUGAAUGUCUGCCUGUGACUAUCUGUGACUGUGUGUGUAAAUGUCUGCCUGUGACUAUCUGUGACUCUGUGUGUGAAUGUCUGCCUGUGACUGUGUGUGUGAAUGUCUAUCUGUGACUGUGUGUGUGAAUGUCUGCCUGUGACUAUCUGUGACUGUGUGUGUGAAUGUCUGCCUGUAUGUAUGAAUGUCUUCCUGUGAUUGUCUACCUAGGACUGUGUAUGACUGUCUGCCUGGGACAGUGUGUGACUGUCUACAUGUCACUAAGUGUGUGUGACUGUGUGAUGCCUGUAACUAUGUUACAGUCUGCCUGUAAUUGUGUGUGUGUGUGUGACUGUCUGCCUGUAGCUGUGUGUGUGUGACUGUCUGUCUGUAACUGUGUGUGUUACUGUCUACCUGCAGCUGUGCGUUUGACAGUGUGCACGUGACUAUGUGUUUGGUACGGUGUACAUGUGGCUGUAUUUGACAGUAUAUGCGUAUAACUGUGUACAUCUGACUGUAUCUGCCUGUCUUCGCCCUGCAGUGAGUCGGCACAUAACAUCAUCCAAGCAUCGGCGUCAUAUUACAGGAUGUGUAAGGGACGUGUGCAUGAAGAGCACAGAGAUCCAAGCAGCAACCACUGACUACCAGGGACUGAGGAUCCACUCUAGCCCUCCCAGAGCAAGGUAGGGAGGCUGGGUGGACCUCCUAAUUAUCAAAUGUGUGUAUGUAUGUGAUGUUUGCGUGUGUAUAUAUAAUUAUGUGUGUUUGUAAUUGUAUGUGUGUGGGUACACACAUAAACACACAUAAACACAGACAUACACAAUCACAGACCCACACACAUACAAUUACAAACAGACAUAAUUAGAUAUACACACACAAACAUCACAUACAUACAUACACACACACACAAUCACAGAUAUACACACACAGACAUACACCUAUUGUGUUAUUGUCUGUGUAUAUAAAUGUGCAUGUGUUUGGUACAUUGCUCCCUUAUUUGGUGUUCUUAAAUAUUGCAAUCCCACAUAAGGAUAACACAUAAGGGCGUUAUCUACUAAACAACUGAAAUUAAGAAAAGGUUUGUUUUUUUAAGUUGAUCUUUUAGCUGUUUAGUUGAUAAUUCUCUAAAUUGGUGUCCUUAUGUGAGAUUUCCAUGUUUAAAGAUACCAAAUUAGGGUGCUGUUUAGCAGAUAGUUCCCUUAUCCUUAUUUGGUGUCCUUAAAGAUGGCAAUCUCACAUAAGGAUAGCAAAUAAGGGAGUUAUCUGAUAAACAAAGAUCAACGUUAAGAGGUGUCAGCUAGCCUACGAACAAGAAAUCUGGGUGGCUAAUGUGAAUUAUAUGCAUAUUUGUUGAAUGAUGCCAAUGUGCACUGCAUGCUGGCAUCAGGCAGCCAAUGGCAGCACGUUACCCCAUCCCCUAGUGAAAAGUUUUAGUGCCCCACCAAUUUGGAUUGUGGUAUCUUAUGUGCCCACCCCCUAUAUAUUGUUCCUAUGUGUCUAUGUAUCUGCAUGUGUGUCAGUGUGUAUUUAGGUGUGUUUAUGUGUAUAUGUGUAUACAUCUCAGAAUCUCGCCAACACUACACACAAAUACACCCCUGCAUUCCGACGUCAACACUACAUACAAACUCCACCAUUAUAUAUAACCAUACCACUGCAUUCAAACACCACACUACAUAAAAAUGCAACACCACAUACAGACACACAUCCUACAUUCACUCAAACAUACUCCAUACAAAAACAUGCUUACAUUUAAAAGCAUAAACACUGCUUAGUGCUAAAUACAUUAUUUUUUUUAUUUUUUUAAAUUGUGGUUGUUUUUUACAUUUUAAAGUUGGGGGGUGGAGGGUGCCAAAAAUAGGACCCGUCCUGGGGCAAGUGAAAAGUUUGAUCCCUGAUCUAGACAGACAGUAUGUUAAGUUCUCUAUACCUACACACAGUACUCUGUAUCUCCCUCCAAAUUCUUAGAUCUAAUCACACACGCCAAUUCAUUUAAUGAGUUUGGGUGUCACCAUGUUGUAAAAAACUACAUCUCUUUCCAGGUACAUCCUCGACACCCUUCCCUCCAACCAAAAACAUUUUAAAGGAACACUAUAGGGUAAAACAUGUAUUCCUGAAAGCAUAGUGCUAAACCCACCAUUUAGGCGGCUUGUCCCCCCCCCCCCUUAGCCCCCUUAAAAGCAAUUAAAACUCACCUUAUUCCCAGCGCCGCGAGGGUCUGCCGACACUGGCCAUGCCCCUUGGUGACAUCAUCAGAAUUGCCAUGGGGAAAGCAUUGGAUUGGCGAAAAUCGACAAGGGGGGCAGGGCCAAACUCUGUUUUGCCAAUCAGCACCUCCUCAUAAAGAUGCAUUGAAUCAAUGUAUCUCUAUAAGGAAAAUUCAGAGUCCCCAUGCAGAGCGGGUAGACGCUGAACGGCAGUGCUGCCUACUGUGUAGCACUGAGCCAGGAAGCACCUCCAGUGGCCAUCUGAGGAGUGUCCACUUGGAGGUGUCCCUAGGGGCAAUGUAAACACUGCCUUUUCUCUGAAAAGGCAGUGUUUGCAUUAAAAUGUCUGAAGACAAUGAUUAUACUCAUCAGAACUACUACAUUAAGCUAUAGUUGUUCUGGUAACUAUAGUGUCCCUUUAAGUACUUGAUACACAAAAGUUCCAGACUAAAGUCAAGAUUGCAUCCAUAAGGCUUUCAUUUCUGCCUGCCUAAAAGCCCAGUUCACAAAUAAGGGCCUGGAAGAUUCUGGGGCAUGCUACAUUGGAAUGUAAGGCCUGGGCUAAUGUAUGCCACACUGUGUCUCAAAAUAGUUGCUUCUCCCAGAGCACCCUGGUCCUGAUUCUCUUGCUAUUAAAGGACCACUCUAGGCACCCAGACCACUUCAGCUUAAUGAAGUGGUCUGGGUGCCUGGUCCAGCUAGGGUUAACCCAUUUUUUAAUAAACAUAGCAGUUUCAGAGAAACUGCUAUGUUUAUUAAUGGGUUAAGCCUUCCCCCUAAUCCUCUAGUGGCUGUCUCAUUGACAGCCACUAGAGGCGCUUGCGUGCUUCUCACUGUGAUUUUCACAGUGAGAGCACGCCAGCGUCCAUAGGAAAGCAUUAUGAAUGCUUUCCUAUGUGACCGGCUGAAUGCGCGCGCAGCUCUUGCCGCGCGUGCGCAUUUAGCCGACGGGGCGGAAUGGAGGAGGAGAGAAGGAGGAGAGCUCCCCGCCCAGUGCUGGAAAAAGGUAAGUUUAAACCCCUUUCCCCCUUCCAGAGCCUCCAUGGCUGUCAAUCAGACAACCAGUCCUGUUACUUCCUGGUUGGGUUAGCUAAGUGGAGAUAAACUCAAGAGGCAACAAUUGACCAGAGCACCUGCCUUGCAAAGACUUCUCAUUGAGCUGCAUUGGGAAGUCUGUUAUUGGACAGCCACAUAAAGACCCCAGGGAUUAGAAGGGGAGGGCUUGCAAAGGCUGCAGACAAGAGAUCAGCAGCUACAGCAAGCUGAUUUUAGAUAUUGCCCUAAUGGAAAAAAAUCCAUAAUUAAAUGCAUGCAUGUUUUCAAUGAGGAUCUACAAAACAGUGAUUUAAAAAAAAUAUGUAUUUACUGUUUGUAUUUGGGCAAUAGAGUGUCCUUUUAGGUAAACUGCUUCUCCCAGUAGAUUGUUUUGAUUUGUGUGUUGUUUUUUUUUAGGUGUGUUCAAAAAUCUCUUCAGAUCAGGGUCCGUUCAGCCUAAAGGGUAACAUGGAAAGUGUAACCUAACAGAAGCAAGCUGGUACUUCGAUUCUUGAUGCACUAAACCCCUGGCUGAUUUCCAGCGUUUGUGUGCUUAGUCAAUACAGCCAGAUUGGGUGAGGCUCGGCAGAGGACACGGAAAGGAACCAGCUGUUUGUGGUUGUUCCACGUGUUUCUCUGAACAUGCUGUGCUCACACACAUUGGCAGCAAAGGCCGCAGCCUGCACCUUACUGGAAGGUGACUAAUGAGUACCUACUGGCUUAAAGCGAUGGCUGCAUGUGUACUGCUUUUACUGAUCACAAGGGGUUAUUAUUAAAGCAACAAACCAAAACAAAUUAUAUUCAGACAGACAGGGAUGUUUUGAUUGUCUUCCUACAUUGCAAUAUUUAUUGAAAAAUGAACACUUUUAAGAAAUUCAUCUGGCUUUUCCCUGCAGAACCUUUAAGAAGGCCCUCUGUCGCUCCCCCUGCAGAAUCUUUGAGGAGGUCCUCUGUCGCUCCCUCUGCAGAACCUUUAAGGAGGUCCUCUGUCGCUCCCCCUGCAGAACCUUUAAGAAGGUCCUCUGUCGCUCCCCCUGCAGAACCUUUAAGGAGGUCAUCUGUCACUCCCCCUGCAGAAUCUUUGAGGAGGUCCUCUGUCGCUCCCUCUGCAGAACCUUUAAGGAGGUCCUCUGUCGCUCCCUCUUCAGAACCUUUAAGGAGGUCAUCUUUUGGUCCCCCUGCAGAACCUUUAAGGAGGUCCUCUGUCGUGGUGCUUGGAGCGUGUAUGUGCAGCGUAUUACUAUAACUCCAUCUCUGGCAGUGUCACUGGGGCAUCGUUACCCAGUCUGGACACUUCCAGCCAAUGAAUGGGGUCUGGAUCAUCUUCAGGUUUUUUCUGGAGCUGAUAGUGCGUCACCAGAUGUAAAAGGAGCCCUGUGAGGACAAACUGAGCCAGGGUACACCCAUCAACAUAACCACUCCAGCGGGCUUGGAGUAACGGUUUAAGGAGAAUAUUAUGGAAAGGUUUUUAACUCUGGGUUUACCAAAUAACAUGAAUCCAAGGAUAUAAGUGUAGGAGUGGAGAGAGAUUUUGUAAUGGCACUAACCCAUUGCUAUAAAACAUCAUCAAGUAGCUUGAACCAUUAUUGUGAAUAAACUUGGGAGCCAUUGUAUAAUGUGAAUGGUAGGUGAACCGCCAAAGACAUCUGACAGCUGAGACAGACAAGCUAAUAAAGAUGUGGCAUCAUUAUUGAUUGCAAGGAAUUAAACGUAUUCAAAGCAGAGUUUGUUUGCUAAUCCAAAAUAUUUUAGUCCCUUCAUUAGAAGUAUGACAGUGUCAGUGAGUGUGUAUGCAUGUCAGUCUGUGUAGGGAUGGG